UGGGAAUGAAAUAACGAGCUCAGCAAGGUAUGACAUUCGACAUUAAACCGAAUUUUUUGCAUUUUUCUCAUACAGAAACUGUUUUGUCUAAUGGUUUAAUAGGAAUUCAUCAAGUCGUGCUAGCGAAGUCGACCUGUACCGGUGGGCAGAACGCUGCAGAAAGAGCAGGAGAUACGGCGGGAAGUUGAGACAAAAGGCGCUUCAUCAGCAACAACAAUGACAGCUAACAAACAACCGUUAAGUGCCGCAACAAAUCGCCAAAAAUUGAAAACUGUGGGAAUACUGCUGCACGUCAGGGACGCCGCAAAAGCCACGCCAAGCUCACACAUAGCUACAAAUCUCGUUUGCCCAUGGUGGGUCGCGUACACAGAGAGAAAAUGUGGGGACCAAAAAUUAGGAGUAUUAAAAUGGCAGAUUCGGCCUCUUUUAAGUGCAAGUUGGAAAUCAUAUAUUAUAUUUAUAUUUGAUGUUAUUUACUAUUGCUUAAUAUUUGAUUAGUAAAUAUAGAUUUGCCAAG